GCUCAAUAGACUCCAUAACGUCCAGCAACCAACCAUCUCCCACAUCAAAUAUAGUUAUGCAGAUUGCUUGCUUUGGCAUUUUUCCAGAUUUGGAUAGGAAAGAAAGACAUUUUCCUAAGGUUAAGAAAUGGGAGACUGGUCCAUUCUUGGCCGCUUCCUAACUGAGGUGCAGAACCACUCCACGGUGAUCGGCAAGAUCUGGCUGACCAUGCUGCUUAUAUUCCGCAUCCUACUGGUGACCCUGGUAGGGGACGCGGUGUACAGCGAUGAGCAGUCUAAGUUCACCUGCAACACCCUGCAGCCUGGUUGCAACAACGUCUGCUAUGACACCUUCGCCCCUGUCUCACAUCUGCGCUUCUGGGUCUUCCAGAUCGUACUCGUCUCCACACCGUCCAUCUUCUACAUUGUCUACGUUAUUAUUGCCAAGGAUGAUAAGUUAGAGAUUGAGAAGAUCCAGGUGGUUGCCAAGCACCCUCCUGCAUGUGAAAGGCUCAAACAUGUAGGGGUGGAGGGUGGGGAAGCCGUGGGGGCCAGCAGCCCCUCCUUCAACUCCCACUAUGAGGAGGAGUGGGGCGCCCGGGAAGGGGAGUGUGUGGAGCAAAGCCUGCUGGAGGAGGACUUGAGGGAGGUGGGGGAGGACCCCACCGAGCUGUCCAGCCAGGUACUACUGACCUACAUCAUCCACGUGGUGCUACGCUCCAUCAUGGAGAUAGCCUUCCUGGUGGGCCAGUACUACUUGUUUGGCUUUGAAGUGCCUCACCUGUUCCGCUGUGAGACCUACCCCUGUCCCAACCGGACUGACUGCUUCGUGUCUCGUGCCACGGAGAAGACCAUCUUCCUCAACUUCAUGUUCAGCAUCAGCCUGGGAUGCUUCAUCCUGAACAUUGUGGAGCUGCACUACCUGGGCUGGGUCUAUAUUUUCCAUGUGUUGUGCUCGGCCUGCUCCACAUGUUGCGAGCCAGAGAGGGACCCUGUGGAACGCGUGGACCUGUAUCACAACCACAACCCUCUGCUGCUGCAGCUCAAACUCUUCCUACGAGGCAGGGUGGUCCUGCAGACCCCCCCUCCGAUGUCCCAGGAGAAGAGCAGUGGCAUCUUGUCAACCCACACCCCUGCCAUCUCCUUAGAGACGGACUCCACAGUAGAGUGCACCUCCAAGAGGAGCCCAGAUGAGAAAGAACGCACUAAGGCCAAACUGGUCAACAUGUCCAAAACAGGCAGAGGCAAGAAGUCCUGGCUGUGAACUAUCAAUCUGUCCUUUCCUUUAAAUAUUCUUCCUUUGCUUCCUCCUCUGAUUGCAUUUGUUCAUCUGACGAUUGAUUUCAUUUUUUUACAGUAAGACAGAGUACAAAAGCAACAGUCAUUUGAGUCUUUUGCAGUUAAUCUUAAGAAAUUCCCAUAGCACACAAAAGAAGAGAACCUAUAGUAUGCAAAAGCAUACAGACUACAUGCUCACAUUUCUGUGUACAGGGCCGGACCCAAGCCUUUUGGGGGCCCUUAGCGAGAUUUAAUUUAAAUGUUUUGCCCGAGAAGUGGGGUGAACCACUAACCAAAUCCUGCUUAGGGUCCCCAAAAGGCUAGGGCUGGCCCUGUACAAACAGAAAUGUGAGCACAUACAGUCAGUGUGCUUUUGCAUACUAUGGGUUCUCCUCCUUUGCGUGCUAUGGGAAAACUUUAUGUUUAAAUUUAAAUUUCCUGUAAUUCUACACAUUUUACCUUAGGGAGUAGGGAAAUGUUCCAGUUUUAAAGCAAGCUUUCUGCAAUUCUACACAUUUUACUUUAAGGAGUAGGGAAAUGUUACAGUUUUAAAGCAAGCUUUCUGCAAUUCUACACAUUUUACUUUAGGGAGUAGGGAAAUGUUACACUUUUAAAGCAGGCUUUCUGUAAUUCUACACAUUUUACUUUAGGGAGUGGGGAAAUGUUACAGUUUUAAAGCAAGCUUUCUGCAAUUCUACACAUUUUGUCAAUACUUGACAUGUUAAUGAUAUCUGAAUGAGAGGGCCCCCUGGAUCAAUGAGGUUCCCCCUGGAGGUCACGGUCCCUGGACACCUGCUCUGCAUGCCUGGUCAGUAUUUGGCCAUGAUUAUUACAUGUUUAGAUAACUGGCUAGAAUAACUUACUAAUCAAAAAAUUGUUAGCUGACAUGGCUAAUUGAAUGACUUUCAGUGACUGAUAGAACAAGAGAACAUCUUCUGAUGCACAGCCAAAUUUCUAAAUUGCACCUUGUGUAUUCUACUACUCUAACUAAAAGAAAAUGUGCUGCUUAUGCCUGGAGUGUACAGGGGUACAAAUGCAACCACCUUGGUAACUAUUCAUAUAACAUCUAUAAUAUAACCAAUGAUAUGGUUUCAAAAGGAAAUAACACUUGCCACUAUUACAACAUAUUCAGUGCAUUCGGAAAGUAUUCAGACCCCUCAACUUUUCUCACAUUUUGUUACGUUACAGCCUAAUCCUAAAAUGAUCCUUAACCUAUUUUUUCCAUCAAUCUACACACAAUACCUAAUAAUGACAAAGCAAAAACAGGUUAAGAAAUUCCUGCAAAUGUACAAAAAAACUCAAACUGAAAUAUCACAUUUACAUAAGU